AUCUUUACACGAAAUUUAAGCUCAAAAAAUAUUUUGUCAGAUUACACUAAGGUAAUUUACUUGUGCAAGUGUGCGCGACGUUGGAUGAAAGAUACGUAUAGGAGUAGGAAUACAUAUUCUUAAAUUACACCAAGAUAGAUAUAUCUCAGCUGUCAGAUGAUGAAUUAACGAUCAAUAGUUUUCAUGUGUAUAUAUUAGCAAUAUUUACUUAAUUAAAUAAUUUUUAAUUUUUUCAAGAACAGCAUUAGUGAGUUAUUUAUUUCAAAGUACGUAAUUUGAUUGAAGAACAACUAUAUAUGACCUAAAGACAACAGUGUGGUUUUCCUCUUGAUGUUGUCACUUAGCAGACGAAAGAUCAAAUUUAAGAGAAGUGUUUUACUAAAAUGAUCUCUUUAUUUAUCUCUCUUGUUCUUGAUGACUCAUAAAACCAGCUCUUAAAACAAUAGUUUUCAGUGAAAUUUCAUUUUUAUUCCUAAAAUAAGUAGUAGUGAAUAAAAAGUGGCCAAGAUGUUGGAGGCUUACGGAGCUACUCUGAUGCUCAAGCUUGGAGUGCAAAUUGAGUCCAUGACAGCUUACGAUGAUUAUUUGUUGAUUGGCACUAGAGAAGGCCACUUGUUGAUGUACAACGUAGCUGAUGCAAAAGAUGGUGAAAACAAAAGUCCAUCGCUUUACAGAUACAGCAAAAACUUUAGCAAAAAGCGUAUCGUACAAAUUGCAGUAGUUCCCGAGUACAACUUGUUGCUGCUUUUGACAGAUAACAUAGUGUGUAUUCACGAUUUGAAUUCAACAAAUCUUAAUCAAAUCGGUCAGUUGCAAAAAACGAAGGGAGCUACGUUGUUUGCAUUGGAUAUUCAGAGACACGAAACCAUGACUGGAGAAAAGAAAGCUGUUGUUAGAUUGUGCGUUGCAGUAAAGAGAAAACUGCAGCUGUAUUAUUGGAAAAGCAAGACUAAGUCUUUUGAGGAGUUUUUCAGUCCAAAAGUAGCUGGUUCAGAAGAGUUUUUCAGUAAAGAUGAGCUACUCCAACCAUCUGGUUCGGACAUGCCUAGAGAAUUGUCAGUUCCUGAUGUUCCCAGAGAGUUGGCUUGGUGCGGAGAAACGUUGGUUCUGGGCUUCCGAGGUUUUUCUUACACUCUGAUGGACUUUCUUGGUAAAUCCAAAGAACUCUUUCCAACUGGAAAAUCUCCAGAACCUAGUAUUUCUAAAAUAUCCGAUAGUUCAUUUGUUCUGGGAAAAGAUUCCCAAUCUGUUAUUAUGGAUACCAAAGGCGAAUUGAUACAGCACAAUCCCAUCAAGUGGUCCGACUUACCAACAGCCCUAGUGUGGGACGAUCCUUACUUGUUGGGCAUAGUCCACAAUUCAUUGGAAAUUUAUACUUUGGACAAUUGUAUGCAUAUUCAAACAAUUCCUGAUCUCAACAAUGCACGGUUGAUUUGUAGAUGCAAGCAGGGAAAAGUUUACGUAGCGUCGAUAAGCCAAGUGUGGUGUAUUAGUGGUACUGACUUUACGCAGCAAAUUCGAAUAUUAUUGGAACAAAGUCAGUUCCAACUAGCUCUCAAACUUACUAACUUGUCAGAUUUGUCAGAGGAAGAAAAAGCAAAGAAAACAUACAAAAUACAAACACAUUACGCUCAUCAUCUGUUUCGGAACAAGAAAUUCCGCGAAGCAAUGGAGCAAUUUUUAAAGCUGGGCACCAACCCGUACGACGUGAUCCGUCUGUUUCCCGAUCUUGUGUCGCAAGAACCGAACGUGAAUGAACAAAGUGAUCUUGAACCGCAGUUGCCGAAACUUCAAGACCGCGAUUUAGAGAGCGGUUUGCUGGCUCUCAUAGAUUUUUUGACGGAAGUCAGAUACAAAUUGAUCAAUGAUAGUCAAGCUAAAGCUAACGAAAAGUCGAAAGGAAAAUCCAUUCCAACUGAAAAAUCGAAAAACACAGCUACUGAUAAAUUGUUGAAAAUCAUAGACACAACUUUGCUUAAGUGUUAUUUGCAGACAAAUGAUGCUUUAGUUGCGCCUCUGUUGAGACUGAAUCAUUGCCAUCUGGCAGAAGCCGAAAAGACUUUACUUCAGCACCAAAAAUAUCCAGAACUAAUUAUUUUGUACCAAACCAAAGGCCAGCAUAAAAAAGCACUGGAACUACUUGAAGAGCAGGCAAAAGAAAAUGAUUCAAGUCUCAAGGGGACCGAAAGAACGAUUCAAUAUCUCCAGCAUCUUGGUAAAGACCACAUGGACUUGAUUUUAAAGUUUGCUGGCUGGGUACUGGAACAAGAACCUGGAGAAGGUCUACGAAUCUUUAUGGAAGAUGUGCAGGAAGUAGAACAAUUGCCGAGACCUAAAGUACUUGACUAUCUUCUCCGCUGUCACAAGGAUUUGGCAGUCCAAUACUUGGAGCACGUGGUACAUGUCUGGGAAGACGAUAAUCCCCUGUUCCACAACGUGUUGGUGCAUCAAUACAAGGACAGGUGUCUAGCUGCGACGUCACCAACAGCAACUCCGGCAGAAAAGCAAAAUAUCCAGCAUGUCCGCCAAAAGCUGCAACAGUUUCUUGAAAAGUCGCAACACUACACGCCGGAAACUGUACUCAGGGAUUUCCCGUUUAAUUGUCUGUACGAGGAGCGCGCUAUUAUUCUAGGUAGACUAGGUCGACAUAAGCAAGCUGUGUCGAUAUACAUCAACUUGUUGAACGACGUGCCGAAAGCCAUACAGUACUGCAACAAUGUUUACGCUAGAUAUCAAAGUCAGAGUCAGACUGAGAAAAGUAAGCCGGCAAACAGCAGUGCAGCUGAAGUGUACAUAACGUUGAUUCGACAGCUCCUGAAUCCUAACGAAAGCGACACCGAGUUGCCGUCACUCGUUGAAUCCCAGCAAGCUCGCACAGCUCUACCGGACCUCGAAACUGCCCUGGAACUACUCGAAGAGCACGCCUCGAAGAUCGAACCGAUAAAAGCCAUCGAAGCCCUUCCCGAUUCGGUGCCAGUCGGACGUAUACGUCAUUUUCUCGAGGCAAGCAUGCAGAACAACAUCAACGAGAAGCGAAAGAUGCAGGUGCUGAAGGGAUUGUUGUACGCGGAGCAUCUCCAGGUGCAAGAGCAGCGCAUGCAUUACGAGUCACAAAGUGUCCUCAUGACCGAGUUCAACAUAUGUCCUGUCUGCAAGAAGAGGUUUGGCAAGCAAAGUGCCUUCGCGAGGUAUCCCAAUGGUGAAAUUGUCCACUAUUCCUGUCAGCGCAAAGUGUAAGACUCGAAAUGAUGAUUUAAAUGCCAACUCCAACUUCAUCUUGCAUAUAAUGUAAGCUUUUCAAGUAGGAAGAAAACCAACUGAUCAUGAUUUUUCAACAAAAAUCCGGUUGGUGGAACCAAGACAGUAAAAAAACCCGAAUGUGCUUUUGUUACAGUAAAUUACAAAUCAUCGCUGAACCGCUAGAUUUCAGAACCUCGACGCACUUUCAUUGGUGUCCACAUGGUUUUAUUAUUAUAACAUUACUGUGAAAAUAAUAAUUUCAAAGUUAUCAUUUUCUCUAUAAUGAUUAUAUUAUAAG